GACGACAGACCACCGCGGCUCCAGCUUCGCCGACGCCUCACACCCACCCCCGAACCCGCUACCGAACCGGCCGCUAUUCCGACGACGGAUUCGACAGGUCGAUCGAAAGAUUACCAAACCCCCCGAAACCCCUUCCCAAUUGGCCGGGAGCCAUAUCCGCCAACGAUGCAGAGACUCGUCAAGCGCACGGUGCAGGCUGAGAAGCAGGUCGCCCGGCGCAUGAAGAAGCGCGCCCGCAGCGAGGGUGGUGCCGAAAAAGCCCAGCGCUUCAGGGACCAGAAGAACCAGCUCACGGAGCUCAACAAGGACAUCAAGACGGCCCGCCUCGCCCGUCAAGAGAAAUGGGACCUCGGCCCCCUGGCCCCGCGUCGUGAUAUGUUUGAGAGCUACGGAGCUCUUCAGACAAAUCGCCAGGGCCGUUCGACGCCCCUCAAGCCUGACGAGAUCGAGGCACGGUGCGAAUGGGCCGGCGGAAGUCAGUACCUCAAUCUCGCCGUCAAGGACCGCGUUGUGCUUCUCGAGGGCCCCGAAAAGGGCAAGAUUGACCGUAUUGCGAGCAUCAACCUCGAGUACGGCACCGUCCAAUUGGAGGAGGUUGGAAAGGUCACCGUCCACGUCCCCGAAUCCUUCCAGAACCUCCUCGACGCCCCCACAACACAAAACACAUCAAUGAACAUCCCCAUCUCCGCGGUCCGCCUCGUCCACCCCAUCGUCGAUCCCGCAACCGGCGUAGCCCGCGACGUCGUCAUCCGCCAGCUCGCCCGUGGCCCCGUAAAGUGGUCCCGCACCACCGGCUGGCGCGCCUGGACCCGCUACAUCCCCGGCGCCAACAUCGCCAUCCCCUGGCCCGAACGCGAGGCCGAGGUCCGCGAGGACCAGCCCGGCGACACCCUCCGCCUCGACGCCGAGACCGCCACCUUUGUGCCCACUCUCCUCUCCCCGCCCAUGCCGGCCUCCGUCAUCGACGAGCUCCGCAACAAGUACUCCCGCUUCCGUACCCGCCACGAGGACGAAUACAUCCUGCGCAAGGAGGCCGAGGAGGCCGAGAAGAAGGCCCUCAAGAAGGCGUCGGCUGAUGCGCUUGCUUCCAUGCGCACGCCGCUGCAGGAGCUCAACCGCGAGCUGCGCGAUGCCCGUCGCGCGCGCGGCAAGCCCGAGUUGUCUACGGACAUGCUCGAGAGGAUUGGCGAGAUUAUGGCGAGGAACAAGGCUACUGUUCAAGGGGACAAGUCCGCGUGGAACGUGCCUACGCCCAAGUUGUUUGAGUCCAAGACGGCAGCGGCGGAGGCGGCGGCGGCGACAGAAGCACCAAAGGAGACUGAGAGUCAUCCUCCACCUCAAUAA